AUGGUCCAAUACAGCAUUAGAAGCACAGACAACACCACCAAGGGCCGCCUAGCUCUAGUGACAGGGGCGAGUGGUGGCAUAGGCUCAUCCGUUGCCCAUGCUCUCGCCGCAGAGGGCUGCGAUGUCGCAUUACACUAUUCGUCAAGCCAGGCGAAGGCGGAUGCUCUAGCUCAAGAGCUGCGCGAUAAGUAUCCAUCGCAGCUCUUCGUCCCCUUCCAGGCCGACCUCUCCUCCAGAGAAUCGACCCGGAACCUGGUGCCCAGCAUCUUCGCCAACGGCGAGGUCGCGCAGAAGCACAAGGCCGUCUCGGUGCUCGUCGCCAAUGCCGGCCUUGGUCGCCGGAUCCGCGACCCGGCGGACAUUGGCGAGGACGACUGGGACGAGAUGAUGGAGGUCAACGCCCGCAGCCAGUUCGUCGUGACAAAGGCCUGCCUGCCCGGCAUGCGCGCUCAGGGGUGGGGCCGUGUCGUUCUCGUGGGCAGCAUUGCGAGCCGCGGUGGGGGAAUCAACGGGUGUCACUACGCCGCUACCAAGGGUGCUCUCUGGUGA